ACCCGCUCAGUCCGGCGAGAUAUCAUUCCAACGACGCGCGCGUCCGCUAUCAAUCGAAUCACCACUAAACAUUUUUAGAUAAUUAAUACAUUAGAAAAGUAGAAAAGUAUGAACUACCCGACGUUGUGCGCGGCCCUCUGCCUGGCGUUGAUCGGCGCCGUCUCGGGCGCCGGCCUGCGCGAGGAAUUCACCUGGUCGAGGAUCACCUACCGGUGGCCGGGCGUCGGCGGCGUCGCGGCGGCGUCGCGCGCCAAGCGGUACGCCGGGUCGCUGGUCGUCGAGGACCCGACGCUCGUGCCGAGCGAGCAGAUCGGCGGCCGGUUCGACGACGCCGACGGCGCCCCCGAAGGCAUCGACUAUAAUCACGUGAACAACAUCCCCAUGGGCGCCAACGUAUGGAGGAACAAACUGUUCAUAACAGUACCACGUCGCCGAUUGGGAGUACCAUCAACUCUAAAUUACGUACCGUUAGACAGCAGACAAAAGCACAACGUACCCCUGAUACCCUACCCCAAUUGGGAGGUCAACACCUACCCCGACCCCACCAAUAGCGGCGAAAAUUUGGUAUCAUUAUACCGAGUAGCUGUGGACCCAUGCGAUAGAUUAUGGUUCGUCGAUACCGGUUUAGUGGAGGUAUUAAGUGCUAACGUUAGCAGAAUCAGACCGGCCACCAUAGGAAUCAUAGACUUGCACACCGAUCGCAUCGUUCACAGUUUCCACAUACCGAGCGAUCAAAUCAGACCCACCAGCGGAUUGGCCAGCAUCACCAUCGACGUCACCAAGAACACCUGCGAUGACGCCUACGCCUACGUACCAGACUUGGGCGGUUACGGUUUGAUCGUGUACAGUCUGCGCGAGAACCGGUCGUGGAGGAUCAGCCACAACUACUUCUAUCUGGAACCGCUGGCCGGCGAGUUCCACAUAUCCGGGCACGAUUUCCAAUGGAACGACGGCGUGUUCAGCGUCGAAUUGACUUCACUCCGAUCGGACGGCUACAGAGACUUGUACUUCCAUUCGAUGGCCGGCACCCACAUGUACAAAGUGUCCACGAGGAUCCUCAGAAACGAGACGCUGGCCACCAGGUCUUAUCACGAGCACGAUUUCGAGGUGAUCGGCGACCGCGGAGCUGAGUCCCAGACCUCAUCGGCCGACAUCCACCAACCCACCGGUGUGAUGUUCCUGAGCUUGGUCAACCAGAACGCCAUGGCCUGCUGGAACACGCACAAACCCCUGCAGACCAUCUCCAUAGUGCAGAAAGACGACCGGCGGAUGAUCUACCCCUGCGACUUGAAGGUCAGCGGCGAUAAGGUCUACUUGCUGACCAACACCAUGCCGGAGUUUUUGUACGGUAGACUCGACUACGACGCGACCAACUUCAGAGUGUGGUCCAACGACGUGGCCUCCGCCGUGGCGGGCACCGCGUGCUCCGGACGGGGGUCUACCAGGCCGGCAGGCCACAGACCCGGGUCUUCCGGUUAUGCAUCGGAGUCUAACGGGGAUCAAUCGUACGCUGCCAGUAGACCGAGACCGUACAGGGGCUCUCGGACUUACAGACGUAUUUACGAAUAAAUUUUUUUUUAUGUUUAAUAUUAGGACUAUAGAGUAAUAAAAAAUUCGCAGUUUAA